GCUGCACGCCCGUAUACAGUUCAGCAACCUCGGCGAGAACAGCCCCGGCUGCUGCUGCGGCUGCCACUCGGGUUAUUUCCUCUGGGCUCAGCUGCAGCCUGCAGAGCUCUGCAAAGGGGAGGGGUUUCUUCGCUCCCUCCCUCCCGAGGGGGGUCCUGUCCCAGUCCCAGCCCCAGCGAUGGGACGGGAGUCAGGACCAGCUCGGGGCCGGUUGCAUUGAAAGCAAACCGCGACGGCUCCACGCGAGGCGAGAGCGCUGGCAGGAUGCCCCGGGCUGGCGCCCCCGCUCCCAGCUGUCAGUGAACGAGCGAAGCUUUGCGGCCGGGAUGUUCAGCUGGCACAAGAGCUUCACCCUGGGAGCGCCCUGGAGACAAGCAGGCAAGAAGAACCCAUCAUCCAAGGGCAAGGUAGUGCUGACCAACAUGAAGAUACUGAGCAACGAAGAGAGUCAAACCCAGGGGUUGACAGGAGAGCCACCUGCAGCCAUGGACUUUCCAGAGGAAUCCAGGCUUCCCAAAGUCGACAUCUCAUUAGAAUGCCAGGGAAAUCUGGGCACAAGAGACAUUUCUUCAAAACCAGACUAUGUGGCCACCCUGUCUGACCUCAGCACCUUAGAGUCCAAGUGCCAGCUUCACAGAUUCUCCAAAUUUGAAUCAGAGGAUUCUGGGGUUGAAUUGCCAAGUGGAGCCAAUUCUCCAUCUACACCAACAGGCUCAGAGAAGAGCUUUGUGCUUCAUACCAGAGACUCGUCUUGUGACUCUGGAGUGCUCAGCACCUCUUCUUCUCCAGGAAUUGACCAUGUCAUAAUGAGAAAGUGUAAAGUCAUCAGAGAAACCAGCCAGUGUGCUUCAGAUAGUGAAAAGCAAGUUGAAUAUUACAGCCAGGCAGCAGAUGUGGCAAAGAUCCCUACAGCUUCCCUGGAAGAUUUCAGUGACCGUCAGGAGGGAGAAAGUCCUAAUAAACUUUUUGGCCAAAGUGAAGGACAAUAUUUUGAAGAGAAACCCAGGAAAGAGAUAGACCUUUCCAUUAAAGAAACUCCUCCAGCUGCUGCCCACAUAGAAGAGCAAAGGUCAAUCACCAACCGUUACAAAGAGACCUUUGGGAGGAUGCAAGAACUUCAGCUCCAUGGACAUCAGCUCAAAAAGUAUCCCACGAGCGACAGCCUGGAUGAGUACAUGGAUGAGUGCUGUCGAUUAAGUGAGGUAAGAAACCAGACAUGCAAAUUGGAAUGCUACACUCAGGGUGUUGCACAGGACUCUUUGUGCCAGUCUUUCUGGACUCUCAGCCGUUCCUCCAGCAGCCUCCUUCAGGAACUCUUCAGCAACUCCCCCAGCUACUGUCUUUCCUUUCAUGAGGCCAAGGAGUAUUUUCUGCAGCACUGUUCCUGUGGAGCUGCCAGCAUCUUGCUCAACUCAUACCAGGAGGUGAAGAAACUUUUUACUGGGAGGAGCAGACCGCACAGUCUCUUGGUUCAGAGUGGAAACCAGUCCGACCUUUCGAUCAUCCCAGAAAAAGGAAGUGACACACACCUGGAAUCAGGAGAUAGACAGCUGGUGCUGGGGCUCAGGAAGACCUGGAGUAAAAGGAGCAAUGAGAAGAAUGACCUCAGAGAUGCCUAUAAUCUGACUGAUGGCCGAGCUUUCCUGCUAAAGGACCCAAUGAUGAAAAAGGGGGCUGACCUCGGCAAGAGUAUCCCAGGUGAAAGCCACGCUUGGGGCAGAAUGAGGGAUCUCAUGAAGAAGACCAGGCUGAGGAACCAGAGCAAGUUGGGGCUGUCAUCCGCAGCUCUGAAGAGGUCCUGCCCACAGCUCUACAGGCCAGAUGUUAAGACUUCGGAUCGGAGGAAGAUGGAGAGGAACUCCAUGAUUGUUCUGAGACAAAGCACAAAGAAUGAAAAUGUCUGGCCUUUCUGAGCAUCUGAAUCCAAUGGAC